GAUGCGGUGCGGUUGUUGAGCUCGAUCCGAAUAUUUCGAUGUGUCGCAAAAUAAACUGGAAAAUUUUGUCCGUCUAUGGUUCUGGAGAGAAGAUGUUGUGAGAGUGUCUUCGCUAUCGGAAUGUGUAUCGGUGUUUGGUGAAAUAAAAAAAUAAAAAAAAAAAUUGAAGUGAAUCGAAAAAAAAUUAAUAAAAAUUGAAUGAAACAAAAAAAAAAAAAAAAACUCAAGAAGGAAAAAUUCUGAAAAAAGGAAUACUUGUUGCCAUUGUGGGUAGAGAAAAUUGAGAAUAAAGAAAAGUGUGAAAAAAUUUUGAAAAAAUAUAAAUCAUAAAAAAUAAAUGAAGAAGCUAUAAAUUCUGGGCCAACUCCCUGGAAAAACAUAAAUCUCUAACCUCUCCCACUUUGCCAACUUGGUGAGGGAAACAAAAGAAACCCAUAACAAAUUCCAACAUGUUAUUUUGGGUGGUUCCCCUUGCCCUCUAGCCAAGACGGGGAGGCAAUACGACGUGUACUCAGCCAAACAUAGUUUGUAAUUUGUAUUAUCUCUUCUCGCUCCGAAUUUUCGGUAUCUGAACGUGGCUAAGGGCAGCUCGUGAUCGUGGUUGCGUGCAUGUGCAUGUGCGGCAAGGAGUAGAAGAAGCGUGUCUGUGCAGCUGCUUAAUUUAAAGUUACAACCCAAAGGAUUUACAGCUAAACCAGUUACAACUAUGUGUUAUUUAGUGGCUUAACCAUAUUACCAACUUCGUUUGCAUCACUGUCAUUAUACGUGCCGUGACAGAAGAAGAGGAGGAGGAGUAGCCGAAAAAAAGAAACACAACAUUUUACAAAACAGGCAAAAGGAGUUCGAGUCCUGGCAAAUAUUCAUCAGCUGCAAACAAGUAAUGCUCUAAAUGCAUUGCAAUGGACCUGAAAUCCGGUACAUUAUUGGUACCACCGGCAGUUAAAAACUCAAGUUGUUCCCAUCCCCGCUAUACCAGCCAUAAUUUCCUGCAGCAUGUCGGCAUUGUUGAGACCGUCGAGGCGGUGCUAAUACUCAUCCUAACGCUGGGCGUAAUUGGGGCCAAUGCCCUGGUCAUAUUUGUCAUAAACAACAGACGCUAUUCACCCUAUAUACAUCAGCAGCCUCGUUAUUUGCUAACAUCGCUGGCUUUGAAUGACCUCACCAUUGGUUUGCUCAUCACCCCCUUUGGUCUACUGCCAGCAUUGUUCCAUUGCUGGCCUUAUGGUGAAAUAUUUUGCCAGAUUCAGGGUCUCUUGCGCGGUGCAUUAUCCCAGCAGAGUGCUGUCAUCCUUGUCUGCAUGGCCGUCGACAGAUAUAUGUGUUCGCUACAUCCGCGUCGCUACUAUCAACAUUCGAGUAAAAAGGGUUGUGUGGCCGUUCUUAGCCUGACUUGGAUUAUAAGUCUGACAAUAUUUGGCUUUUUAGUUUUGCCCAAAGGCUAUUAUUUCAAUAACACCGGUCUAAUGGCCUGUGAGCCAUUCUACAGCAAGGCCUCAUAUCGAAUAUUGGCCACAUGUGGUUUUUAUUUCCCCACCACCAUGGUGCUAAUGUACUGCUACGGCUCCAGCUUUCAUAUGAGUCGUUUCGCACCCAACGAACCAACAAUGCCGCUGACAGCGGCCCUGCAACAUCCAGCCUAUCAGCAGCAGCAGCAUCAUCACCAGCAGCAACAGCAACACCCACCCUACUAUCAUCCCUAUCACACACACAUGCACAUGAUGCAUCAUCCGCAACAUCAUCAGCAGCAACAGCAACAACAACAUCAACAACAGCUACACCAACAAGCCCAGCAACAUCACCAGCUAAGGCGGGGAGACAGUGCCGGCAGUGGUGGUGGUGGCAGUACUGUGGCAACGCCAUCCAGUGUGGAUGGCAACACUCCCAUGGGUUGUCUGAACACACCCACAACAAUGCUGCCCAAUACCCCGGUGAUGAACCUCAGCAUGGCCAUGAGCAUGGGCUUGGGUUUUGCGGGGAAUAACAUAACGAAAAAGAUUGCCCCCACACCGCCGAGCCGAGAGAAGAAAUCAAGUGGAGCCACGUCACGUUCCAUGGCAGCUAUUUCAUUGGGCUUCAUUGUUAUGGUUACACCCUGGACAAUCCAGGAAAUUGUGGCAACCUGUACGGGUUCAAAGCUACCUCCCUUUCUGGACUUUGUGGUCACCUGGACUGCCUUGAGCAAUAGUUUUUGGAAUCCCUUCAUUUAUUGGCUGCUAAAUGAUGACUUUAGGCGCAUUAGCAAAAAGGUCAUGAAUCCUUGGAGGUGUAAACGUCAAGAAGACACGCCGGAGAGUAAAUCACCAUGUUGUCACAUAAAUUCCGAUUUAGAAAUUACAACGCUGCCAAUGCCACCCGAACCGCCAACAUCUCGGCCACCGCAGAACAGUGGUGGCGGCGGUGGUGGCUCCAUCAUCGGUGGUAAACCUCAUCUGUCAUCGGGCAAAACAGCCUCUGUGCUGGGCAUUUGCGCCCGGGGGCGCAGCAACAGCCUUAAUCGCAGCUCUUCGUUUCACAUUAAGAGCGGUCUACAUUCCCACCACACGCAUAUGCGUCCCGACAUCGAAGGACUUUCCGAGAAAUACUGGGGUGAAAUACUUGAGCGUACGGUUAGCUCGAAUAGCCUGCAUGCGGCUAUGCAGAAAUCGGUCUAUGGCCCAACGGCCGCAAUGCAUGCCUAUCACCAUCCCUAUCAUCCGCCCACCCCGGCCACCAAUACCAUGACAACGUCGUUCAGCAAACACAGCGAUCUAAAUCUUCACAUAACCGAACAGGAUGAUGUCCUGGUGGAUUCGGGCAAUACUGGGCACAUGUCUGGCAGUGAUCUCAAUAAAUUCUCCACAUCCGAACCGAAGCUGUACCAACAGCAGCCACCGCAACAUGACGACGAUUAUGACCAGGACGAGGCAACGCAUUGUGCCAAAACAAAAGCCAAUACGGAGGCAAAUCGGACACUGGGCGUUGUCACCAACUCUGGAGGUGGUGGGCAGCACUUGAACAUGGGACGUGGCGCAAUGCCGGAUAUUUAGUACGCAGAGGA